AUGGCCUCCAUCACCCAAGGGCUCAUGCCCCUCCUCCCCCGAGGCGGCCCCUACCCGCCCUCCGGCGCCCAACUAGGUGGCAUCCCCACGAAAAAAGUCGACGUGCCCACCUCGGCCGUGCUCCUCGCCCUCUUCUUCGCCGGCGCCGCCACCCACAUGACCGUCUUCCAAGUGAACCGCCGCCGCGGCCACUUCUUCAUCUUCUCCGUUCUAGUCUUCGGAUUCUGCAUGGCCCGCAUCAUGGGCCUGGUCAUGCGCAUCGCCUGGGCAUGCAACCCGACGAAUAUCGAUCUCGCCAUUGCUGCGCAGGUGUUCACCAAUGCGGGUGUGCUGGUGCUGUUUAUUGUGAAUGUAUUUUUGCUAGUCAGAAUUGUCAGAGGAGAGGCGCCAAAGGUGGGGUGGAGUCGCCCUGUGUGGGUGGCGUUGCGCGCGCUGGUCGUGUCUAUCAUCGCUAUGCUCGUUAUGGUGGUUACCUGCAGCGUGCAUAGCAUGUUUACGCUCAACAUGGAGACGCGCCAGAAGGAGAGAAAGGUUCUGCUGUUUGCCGGCGUCUACAUGAGCGUUAUUGCAUUUCUUCCUAUGCUGGUCAUCCCGAUUCUCCUCUUACUCAAGACGAUCGCAAAAAAGAAUAUCGACCUCGGCGAGCGCGAGGACUUUGGUACACCCGACGUUGCCGGCCGUAUUCGCACCAAAAUUACCUUGCUCUUCGUUGCCUCUGUCUUACUUACUAUCGGCGCUGGAUUCCGCGUUGGCGUCAACUUUGCUACUCGCCCGGCUUUCAACCCUGCUUGGUGGCAUCACAAGGCCGCUUUCUACUGCUUCAGCUUUGCGCUGGAGCUGCCCGUUGUAUAUAUGUACGCUCUGUUCAGGUUCGAUAAGCUGUUCUGGGUGCCCGACAAGAGCUCGAAGCCCGGCGAUUUCUCGAGGGGUGUCGUUGCUGCGGAUGAUUGCGACCAGGAGGACGAGGUGUUGGAGGAGGGUGGGAAGUCGGGUAAUUCGGGCGCUACUAGUACGAGAGAGAAGGAGAAUGGAGGGAAGAGUGAUGCCCAAGCUGUUUAA